AUGGCAGACGUCAAGGGUGCGCUGUCGCCCGGGCUACUGGAGGCUUAUAUGACCAGAUACGAGCUGAGCAAGGACCAAGUGCUCGAGCAAAAGCAAGCCUUUGACCUCUUGGAUAUUGAUGGCAAUGGCAAGGUCACUUACCAGGAGGUCAAGGAGAUGAAUGCCAAGCUUGGACAGCCGAUGUCUGAGCAGGAGCUGUCUGAGCAGUUCACGACACUUGACAUUGAUGGCAAUAACACAGUGACAUUCCCGGAGUUCCUGAAGGUUUUUGUGAAAGGUGAGUUCGGAAGGGACGUCCCCUUACCCAGAGGGGAGGAAAUCCUUCAGGUCAAUGACCUGGCGCCGGGUCGCAAGAGCUCCCUCAGCCAUACGUUGGAUCCCAUUGAUGAGUCCAAGAUGAUAAUGAAACUUUCGCAAAAGAACAGUGCCAGCUACUACGUACGCGUGGCGAAGUUGAUGUUGGCUGGAUCUCAGGAGGAGAAGUCCACAUCGGACGUGCUCGAGCUAAACGCUCUGGGCUAUGCAAUUCCACAGGCGACAGCCGUGGCCGCUGCGCUCGAGGAGCAGAAGCUCGGCAAGGUCCUUUCUGUUCGAACCGGCUUGCAGGAGGUUCCCAACACCAGCAGGCACUGUCCCAUCAUGAUCAUCCGCAUUGCGAGCAUGAGCAGGGAGACGGGGAGCUAG